GCAAACGAUAAGUUGUGAUCGCAAUUUUAGUUUCUCUGAGGGGACUUAUUUUGAUGAUGGCAGUACCUACAAUGCACUCUGCGUUUCUUGUAGCAGUUACAUCAUUCCUACUAAUCAUCAAAUCAGCAAAUUCACAAAUUUCCUAUGGGUCUCUUGGCCGAGGAUUGUUGAAUUCAGGUUACUUACAAACUGGCGGUCUCGUCUAUCCAAACACGGAUGGAUCAGGGCCCCAGGCAGACAGUUUGGCUGCAGCAAUUUAUGGGGUGGCUGUUCCUCCAGGAUUUAAUCAGUUUUCAGCCUCCGAAAACUAUUUUGGACAGAACAGGGGAGAUGCAUAUACCGAUAGUUUUGGGGGUGUUGGAACAAGCGCAGCAGCCAAACCUUCCGAUUUACUACUUGGUACAGGAAUACAUACAGGCGGAAGUGGUCGAGGAGGAAGCCAUUCAACAUUCAUCUCAGAUUUCUCGGCGUUCGGUGAUUUUGGGUCCCAUUCGAGCAAUGACCAAAAAUCGUCCUCUUCCAGUUUGAUAGAAAUCGAUCCGAUUGCAGCACGUUUUGGAGUUGUUAUUCCGAACGUAGGUCAUGCUCCAUUUGACCCAUCGCUUAGUGGAUCUACGGAACCUUUCGGCGGAGGCACUAGCACUGGCGUAGGUGAUGGAACCAAGGAUCUAUUCAACAUCAGUCCUGUCGAGACCAGUAUCAAAUUUGAUUUACCCACUCAAGCUACAUUGAGAGAUGCUUCUUUAUUUUCGUCUCAGCCUAAUACAGACGUCAACAGUAUAUCACCUGUCUUCAGCAACCAAAAUGCGUUACCUAGAAUAGACGACUCUUUCUCCGGUGAUCCUACGAUAACAGGAAAUGCUAGUCCACCUGGCGUUGGGAAUGCAGAAAAAAAUCAAGCGGAUGUUAUCACGAAUGCUUACAAAUUUUCCGAUAAUCAAAUAAUUAAAUUGGAAGAAAUCAAACGAAACUUCCAGCAUACCACUGCUGUCAAUGAUGGGGUCUCUGGCAAGCUUUUAUCUGGCCUUUCAACUGCUCAAGCUAGCACACCAGAAAGUACGGAAAGGGAUACCAACGUUGAGCUGAUUUCCGUAAAAGAAAAAAAUAGCCAACUCCAAGCAGUUGUUACCUCCAACCUAAAGGAACUCAAACAGAAGACAUCAAACGAGGGAACCCUUCCUUAUGCCAAAUCUUCUUCGCCAUAUGUGUACCGUGGCCCACAUCGCGAGCAACAGAAAGUGGAGCAGUUGAAAAAAGAUACCGUCGUUACUGAUGCGCCUGAAAACAUUCCAGCUGCCGAGUACCUAACAGCCCCAGAAAGCAAAAGAGAGUCUAUUAGCGAUCACACAAAAGAACCCACAGCAGAACACAGCAAUUCUUACAGCUUUCUUACAGCACCAGGGUAUCGCACAUACCACAAGUAGUUCCACAUUUAGAUAUUGUUAACUCUUUAGCAAGAAUAGCGUGACCACUUCUUUGAAACCGUAAUGAACAUACAUAACUUUUGAACAAACAAAUUUAAUCUAUUUAAAUAACAUCUGUGAGCUAACCACUACUCACAUAUAAGG